CUCUCUCUCUCUCUCUCUCUCUCUCUCUCAAUCCCAGUGUCUCCCUUUCCUCUCCUACUUUGGUCACCCAACAGCCUAUCUCCAUAAUCUUCUCUUUCCGAGAAAAAAAGAGGCCUAAAAAAUAUGGGAAAUUUGGGGGGACAUGUGGGAAGUGGAUUUGGAUUCUUUAUCAUUGGUUUAUGGCACCUACUUAACCACAUCAAACUCCAUGCUCAAAACACAAACUCCCACAAACCCUUGUUAUGGUUCCCCACCCAGAAACUAAGAUACCUAGAGCUCUACUUGAUCAUGGGUGGCUCCACCGUGUUCAUAGCCCUGGAGCUCUUCAUCACUCCGCGACGCCACCAGCCUCUUGACACCGACUUCACCAUCCCUUCCACCCACCUCCACAACUUUGAACACAGCGUCAUGGCCCUCACCUUCUUUACCUACGCCGCUUUCGCCAUCCUUCUAGACCGAAUGGCCCCUCGAAAAACCCGUCACUCCCUCACCCAACUCCUCGGAGCCGUCACCUUUGGCCAGCAGCUCCUCAUCUUCCACCACCACUCAGCCGACCACGUGGGGGUCGAAGGCGAAUACCACCUUCUACUCCAACUAGUCGUCUCUAUCGCUCUCAUCACCACUCUCAUGGGCUGUGGUUACCCUAAGAAUUUCUUGAUAAGUUUCGUUAGGUCAAUGAGCAUACUUUUCAUAGGUGUUUGGCUUACGGUCAUGGGAUUCAUGUUGUGGACUCCAGAGUUUAUCCCAAAAGGAUGCUUCAUGAAAUUGGAAGAAGGUCGUCGAGUUGUUCGGUGUCACAAUGAUGAAGCUCUCGAACGGGCAAAAUCGCUCGUGAUCAUUGAGUUCAGUUGGUACUUGGUUCUUGUGAUCAUUUGCUCCAUGUGUUUGUACUUGUACAUGAUCAGAAUUUAUGGGGAGAAAGUUGAAUACCAAACUGUGUCCAAGAAGGAAUCGGAAGAGGACGAGGAGGGUGAAGAUGUUGAGGCUCAAAAGAGAAGCGAAGUUGACGAGUAGAAGAGCUUCGUCCAGACGGGAAAUUAAUAAAAGGCUUUGCUCCAAUGGAUUAAUUGAAAGGUCGAAAAGGAAGAAGAAUUUGAAAUGCUAGUUGUGAUUAGUUAAUCUGGUAAUAUAGGUACAAAGAAAAAUGAGCAGGUUCCACGAAGUUUCCUGAAACAAAACAAGAUGCAAAUGCAAAUAAAUCCAAUCAGAAGACUGUGAAGGAAUAAUUGAAACGUAAAUAUAAAUUCAAACCAUUCCCUAGCUUAUAUAUACUCAAGUUCACACUCCUUUUCCACUGUAGUAGUAAUCUGUCUCAUCUGACAUCCAUAAACUCAAGAAGAAUCUCAUAUUUUGUUUCAUAAA